AUGGAAGAUAAACACCAAGAUAUUAAAAAUAGAAAGAAGGUUUCUACUUCUACUUCUACAACUACCUCUUCACCAUCUCCUUCUUCUCCAUCUACGACGACAGCAGACAAAAAGAAUGUUAAACCAACUACAAAGACAAGAGUACAACAACAACAAUCUCAACCAAAGAAUGCAACAUGUAUAAGAAUCAUUGGUAUAAUAAUGAUUAUAAUCAUAACAUUUAUUGCAUGGAGUAAAUUUAAUCAAGUUGAUUAUGAUGUUAUCGAUCCAUCAGUAUUUUUAAAGGAUAUGCCACCUCCAUUGUUGGCUCAUUAUCAAAGUGGUACAAUGGUACCAGUCUAUGAUAAAUCAACUAGAAAGAUUAUAAAUGUAUUUGUAGUUCAGUCGGGUGAUCAAGAUGGUCGUCUAGUCUACGAGGAGGAUCUUGGUCGUAAACGUGUACCUGCCAAUGAAUCAGUGUUACUCGUUCAUGGUAGAACAUCUACUAGCUUUGCAUACCGUAAUGUCAUGGAACACAUGUAUAGAGAAAAUCUUAGAGCCGUUGCGAUUGAUCUACCAUGUUUUGGUUUCUCAAACAGUCUUGCCAAUUGUUCAGACUCUAAUCUUGCAGAUCGUCUCGCCGAUAUUAUGGACGCCAUUCAAAUGCCGUCGGCUCAUCUUUUCCUCUACGAUACUGGUGCUGUCAUUGGUAGCAUGUUAUUUGAUCGUUACCCAAAUCGUGUCAAAUCACUUUCCUUUAUUGACCCUUCCCUAGAUGUUGAUAUUGAUAAUCAACCAUUUUAUAUUAAAUAUGCAACAUUACCAUUUAUUAAUAGAGAAUUGGUACAACUUGCAACAAGUUCAAUCUUUUCAUCUUUGAGAUAUGGUUAUAUAACUAGUCAAGGUUCAAAUAUUAAUGUUACAAGAGAGAUUAUUGAUAGUUAUGCCUAUUCAUUAAGAUACAAAAAUAAUAUAAAUAAUUAUAUCAAAUCGAUCCAACAAUCUCAAAUGAAUCCUCAAGCUUCAUAUAAUCUUAGAAACUCUAGAAUCAACUAUGAUUCUGUCAUUGUAAAACAAGUUUUAUUAUCAACUAAAAUUUUACAAAGUCAUAAUAGUGAUUAUUUCCAAUCUAAAAUUAGAACUUCUUAUUCUCAAUUGAUGCAAGUUGAUUAUAUGAUGCUUGAAGAGUAUCCAAUUGGUAUUGCUCAAUAUGCAGCAUUUAUUGCUGAUACUUUAAAUCCAAAUGCUAGAAAAAUAGAAUAUAUUAAUAUUCCUACUGAAUCUCAUGGUGGUGGUCAUGGUCAUUCACAUGGUCAUUCACAUGGACAUGGACACUCUCAUGGUGGUGGUGCACAUUCACAUGGACAUUCUCACGGUGGAGGAGACCACGGUCACUCUCACGGUGGAGACCAUGGACAUUCUCAUGGUGGAGGAGAUCAUGGACACUCUCAUGGUGGUGGUGACCACGGUCAUUCUCACGGUGGUGGAGACCAUGGACACUCUCACGGUGGAGGAGACCACGGACACUCUCAUGGUGGCCAUAACUAUGGUCUCUAA